AGACCAGUUUACAUAUCUUCGUUUAGUAGUCAUUACACAGUCUUUCUAGAGUUUUUUUCUACUUUGAUUUCAACACACAGAAAAGAAUCAUUAAAAUAUAAAACAAAUUGAUGUAAUUAAGGUUGCUUCAACAGAUACUAUGGUAUUAAUCAUGGUAUUAAUUGAAGCACCUUGGAGUACCAUUAAAAUAACAUUGUACAUACAUAUCAGCACCAUCAAACUUCAGUAUAUCAAACAGUAAUAAAUAUUGUUUAAAUUUCAAUCUAGAGAGACACUUCUCUAAGAAUUUAGAUGAGCAAAUAAGAGCAUUAAAAAAAACAAAUCAGAAGACAGCAUUAAAAAACAAAUAUAUAAAUAUUUGUAUAUAAAAUAAUUAAAUAUAUAAAAUAUUUGUAUUAUCUUAAAAGACAAAAAAAAUAAUAAUACAAAAAUGUGGUCACCUAAUUAUGAUGUGGCUAUAUACCUGCACACCUUUAAAAUGUCAACAUGCACUUUAAAGAUUACUUUGAACUUUGACCAAAAAUAAAACCCUUGGUGACCAUGACACAAAAAGUCAGUUUUACAUCUUUAGUUACAAUAAUAACACCCACUAUGUCAUGGAGAAAAGGAGUAUUCUUCAGUUUUGACAUAAGUUGUGUGAGUCAGCAGAGGAAAGACGUGAGAGGAGGGCGUGAUUUUGCUAUGCCACAUCUGUAGCUCAUUACACAUCUGUAAUGGGGAUGUUCCAUGAGCUCAGAGCCAGACUAUAAGUUUUUGGCUUUUGAACAUGAGAGGUUAGUUCAAGACUAAACAAGGAGCAAACUAAACCUUGGUGAAGAAUUAUCUGCUGGAGUCAGAUACAACAGCAUUUCAAAAUGGACAUCAAACCAGUAUUACGGAAAUUUGGCACUGUGGCACGGGCGAUCCUUACAUUUCUCUUUGCUUUUCUUGUACUCGGGGUGAUGAUAUGGGCGUACAUUAAAGGUUUCCAAGUAGCCUCGUCUCCCUUCAACAUAAUCUCAUUCGGUUUCUACGGCGUGCUGCUCAGCCUCCACAUCCUCGUCCAAAGCUUUUUCGCCUUCCUGGAGCAUCGCCGGAUGCGAGCGAGACAAAACCCGUGCACGUACACGAAGACCAUUGGCUUUACCAUCUCAGCCUAUCAGGAGGAUCCUAACUAUCUAAUGGAGUGCCUUCAAUCGGUAAAGGCACUGCAGUACCCAACCGACAAACUCCGCAUUAUCAUGGUGGUGGACGGGAACUCGGACGACGACCGCUACAUGAUGGAGAUGUUUCGUCAAGUCUUUGCGGAUCGAGAUCCUGGCUGCUAUGUGUGGCAAAACAACUACCACUCUUGGGACCCCAGGGCCCAAGGAGAGAAUUUGGCCGCUGAAGGCAUUGUCUUUGAGGACCCGCAGCGCCUGGAGGUUGAAGAGCUCAUCAGGAGCAAAAGUUGCGUGUGCAUUAUGCAAAAAUGGGGAGGAAAGAGAGAAGUGAUGUAUACAGCCUUCAAGGCGCUAGGAUCAUCGGUGGAUUACAUACAGGUAUGCGACUCGGACACAAAAUUAGACCCUUUGGCUACAGUGGAGCUAUGCAAAGUGCUGGAGAGUAAUGACAAAUAUGGUGCUGUGGGAGGUGAUGUGAUGAUCCUCAACCUUAAAGAAUCCUAUAUCAGUUUCAUGAGCAGCCUGCGCUACUGGAUGGCAUUCAACAUCGAGAGAUCCUGCCAGUCUUUCUUUAACUGUGUCUCAUGUAUCAGCGGCCCAUUAGGUUUGUACAGGAAUGACUUGCUACAGCAGUUUCUGGAGUCCUGGUACAACCAGAAGUUUCUUGGUACUCACUGCACCUUUGGGGAUGACCGUCAUCUCACCAAUCGUAUGCUGAGCAUGGGCUAUGCCACAAAGUAUACCGCCCGUUCAAAGUGUUACACAGAGACCCCCGCCCAGUUUCUGCGCUGGCUAAACCAGCAGACCCGCUGGACCAAAUCUUACUUUCGCGAAUGGCUCUACAACGCUAUGUGGUGGCACAAGCAUCACCUGUGGAUGACCUAUGAAUCCAUCGUCUCGGGCAUCUUUCCAUUUUUCGUUACUGCCACCAUCAUCAAGGUCUUCUGGACCGGCACUCUAUGGGACAUCUUGUGGGUCUUGUGCUGCAUCCAGCUCAUCGGUCUGGUGAAAGCGGCGUACGCGUGCUUCCUGCGAAAAAAUGUGGUGAUGAUCUUCAUGUCCUUAUACUCUGCCCUCUACAUGACCAGCCUCCUGCCCGCCAAAUACUUUGCCAUUCUCACCAUGACCAAAAGCAGCUGGGGGACAUCGGGUCGCCGGAAGAUGGUUGGCAAUUACAUCCCUCUGUUACCUCUGUCAGUGUGGGCAGCCAUCUUGCUGGCAGGCCUGGGGUUCACAAUCUACAAGGAAAGCAAGGCGGAUUGGACAAAAGCUGAAAAGAAAGAGGAGACCAAGUUUUUGAUAUAUGGAUCUGUAGCUUAUGUGUGCUACUGGCUGAUCAUGAUCGGUCUCUACUGGAUUUGGUUUCGGAGAUUAUUCAGAAAACGCUCACAGACUUAUGCUGUGAAUGUUUAAGACUGCACACAGUGUAUUAUUUAUUUGAGAACAUUUGCACAUUUGUUUACAUGUAGUUAUAAGGAAGUACUUGAUGUAUUAAUGUAUGCAAAUUACAGUAUGAUGGAAAAAUAGAUUGUUUAGUGCAUAUAUUGUACUUGCAUACAAUAUAUCCAAAUUAUAGAGUUUGGAAAUGAAGGAAGUGAUCAAUCAGAACACACUGAAACUUGACAAUGGAUGGACAAAUAUGUGUCAAACACAUAUAAUUCUAGCAAGAUUUAGUUUUUUUUUACCGUGUUAUUGUAUAUAAGUGAUGUUUAUAUAGUGGUAUUUAUUUAUUACAUGACACAGACACAUCAUUUAUGACACACUUUUAUAUGUUAAUUUUAUGGAUCUUAGACACUGUGGAAAACAACAGCAAGAAUCACAAUAUAUGGAUGUUUUCAUAUUUAUUAUGAAAAUGACUACUAAUGAAAAUAUGACAGAAAUAUUUAAUGUGCCAGAAAUUUCAAAUAUG